CUCCCUUUCGCUCAUUCACGUCAUUCUCUUACUGUUGCUUGCUUGCUUGUUACACUCAUUCUUAAUUUGCUGAUUUCCCCCCCUCAUCAUAAUACUCCUCCACCAUGUCAAAUAAAAAGAUCGAGCAAUGGGAGAUUGAACGGUACUGGGAGAUCUUCGCAUCGCUGGCAGGCGGCCAGUCGCGCCUAAACAACUCCCAAGCGGCCUCCGUGCUGAGGAAUAGCCGGCUUCGCGACGAUCAGCUCGAGAAGGUUUGGGACUUGGCCGAUGUUGACGGAGAUGGAGAACUGGACUUCGAAGAAUUCUGCGUGGCCAUGCGAUUGGUCUUCGAUCUCGUGAACGGGGAACUACAAAGCGUGCCUCACGUCCUGCCCGACUGGCUUGUCCCCGAAUCCAAAGCCCAUCUCGUCCAGGCGACUCGAGCACUGAGCGAUCGUCCCGAGCGAUUCGAACGGAUAGAGGAUGAAGAUGACACCCCGGGCCUCAAGGACGGAUUCGAGUGGUACAUGAACCCUGCCGACAAGUCGAAAUACGAGGAGAUCUACCUUGCGAACAAGAACCACCGCGGAGAAGUCACAUUCGAAUCACUGCAGGGACUGUACGACUCACUGGACGUGCCGGACACGGACAUCCGCUCGGCAUGGAACCUGGUCAACCCGUCCGCCUCCCCCGCGAUCAACAAAGAUGCCACCCUUGCGUUCCUGCACAUCCUGAACUACCGGCACGAGGGAUUCCGCAUCCCGCGCACCAUCCCGGCCUCGCUGCGCGCCUCGUUCGAGAACAACAAGAUCGACUACCAGCUGGACAACGUGCGACCCGCCCAGAAAUGGGGCGCGAACGGCGACACGGAGACCGCGUCCGGCCGGAAGGCCAAGUUCGGAGACACCUACCUGAGCCGCCUCGGCGCCGGCGGCAAGACCUCGUACACGCCCAAGGGCACGGACUUUAGCGACACUAUCCAGGACGAGGAGUGGGAGAAGGUGCGGCUGCGGCGCGAGCUGGCGGAGCUGGAGUCGAAGCUGGAGGCGGCGCGCAAGGCGUCGGAGGGCCGCCGGGACCGGCCCCGCAACGACGGCGGGCCCAACUGGGUGCUCAUCAAGAAGGAGACCCUUCAGUUACUGGAGUACAAAGAGCGUGAGCUGCGCGAGUUGCGCGAGGGCGCCGGCCGGGCCAAGGAUGGCCAGGACAUCGAGCGUUUGAGGGAGGAUGUCAACGCCGUGGGCGAGCAGGUCGAAGGACUGAAGACCCAUCUGGCGCAGCGCAAGCAGGUCCUCGCCGACUUACGACAGGAGAUCGAGGAGCAGAGGUUGUCCCGAUAGUCUGUCGAUCUGUCUGUGUGCGUCUGUCAAAUCGGCGAUUCCCACCAUUCCAGCCAGCCACGUUCUUCAAUCCUUGAAUGUAAUUACUGCUUCCUUUUCGCCGAUCUCUACGGGACUUUGAUUCCUUGCCUUUCACCGAUCUAUCCUUCUCACUUCGCUGUAUAGCCAAACCUCUUUUUUUUCCUUUUUUACAUUUUCCUUUUGGGCGAGGAGCUCCAGGCGUUGAAAUGGAUGUUCGAUUUUCACACCUCGUUUUUUUUGUUUCUGCCAGUCUCGUAUCCCAAUUAGGGAUAAUGAAGACUAUAUCUGGGAUGGAUUUAGACUGAACAUGCAUCAGACUGUUGAUUCCUGUAGCGUCACCAGUCCCUGUACCUAGGGAGUGAACCACUGUCACCCAGUUCAAACUAAAAAAUCAAUGUAC